AUGUGUCAGCAGGAAGGUGGUUCGUCUGAGGUAAAAACUAAGGCGAACAUACAACAACAAAACAUAAAUACUGUCAUCGAAAGCCCACAUAGACACAUUACAAUAAGUCAACAAUCGUUAUCAGAAAAUAACAAUCAUACAGUUUGCACGGACUCAAAUUUUGCUGCUGAUAUUACGAUAGAAAUAGUGCCAGAAGAAUUGGUUCCUGAUGAAGACUGUAUGCUAGCUCAUCAUGAAGAAUUUAAGAUUUUAACAUGCGAAUCGGCUCCAGCUUCAGUAGUGGUUACUGAAAAGAUUAUUAAUAAUAUUAACCCACCCAAAUCAGCACCUAUGCCAAUGAAUGUUAGUCCCAUAUCUUUAUGUAGCAGCAAAUUUAAUAUAAAUGAAGAAAAUAAUAUAUUAGAUAGUGAUAAUAUAGAUGUUAGUUCGCCAAUUAGAGAGUCUAGUCUAAUUUCUGGUAUUGGAUUACUGUUGUCUCACACAGAUGAAGAACCUUUUUCUGAUUCUGGAUCCUCGUGGAUUCCAGACACAGACGAAGAAAAUAAAGCAAAAAAGAAACGUAACUCUUUAACGGAUUUAUUUUAUUCGACAUCUUCAGAAACCGAAAUUAAACGUGAGAAAACCCCAAAAAAUAAAAAAAGAGUGAAGAGAUUUAAACCCAAAAAACCUAACUUGUCUAGUGAAUCUGAAAAAGAAACAGGUAACAUUAUAAACACUCGUGCUAUUAUUGAAACAUCUUUGAAACAAAACCUAAUGACACCUCUUAACCCUUAUACAGAAGUAAGGCCUAAUAUUAUAAUAACUGAAACUACUGACUCUGAAACAGAAACCACAACAGUAAUGAAGGAAAGAGUAAAGUACAGAUGGAAGAAUGCUGACCCUACGAAAUGGAAAAGAAACAUAGAACUGCAAAAAAAAAGAAAGUGUUUGCCAUAUUCAAGUAAAGAUGGAAAACUUCGUGCACCUAAAGUACCUAAAAGUCCAAAAUGCAGUAAAAACUGCCGCCAUAAAUGCGCUGACAAUUUUACACAAGACCAGCGUGCAGAAAUCUGCAAGUCUUAUUGGUCUAUUCAAGAUUUUAAGUUACAAAAAGAGUUUUUACUUAAGCGUAUAGUUAUUAAACCAGUACAAACCACAAAAAAAUCUGUACCGUUAGAAAAACAAAGAAGCUCUAGUAGGGAAUACGGGUUUUAUAAGGGUCAAACUUCUUUUGAGCGGGUCUGCAAAAACUUUUUCAUGUCCACACUUUGCAUUUCAUCUGGUCCGAUAGAGACAGCAGUGAAACAUAUAGAUAAAAAUGGUUCUUUUUCACACGCCGAUCGUCGUGGCAGACGAGCUCCUGCUAACAAAACUCCAGACGAUCAGUUACAAGAUGUAAAAAAUCACAUCGAAAGUUUUCCUGUGCUUGAUUCCCAUUACUGCAGAAAACAAUCGGAUAGGAAAUAUUUAGAUCCCAAAUUAUCAAUAUUAAAAAUGUAUGAUUUGUAUGUAGAGAAAAUGAAGUGCAGCAACAAAAUACCUGUAAAAUUAAAUGUUUACAAGAAAGUGUUUGGCACACAAUACAAUUUAUCAUUUUUUCACCCAAAAAAGGAUCAGUGUACCAUGUGUAAUAAAUAUCAAAAAGAUAAAUCUAAUACCUCUGUCCAGAAUGAGUAUAGUCAACAUAUAGAACGAAAAGAGGCAUCAUACAGAUCUAAAGAGUUAGAUAAAAAAAAGUCAGAAGAGGAUGAGUCAUUUUUAUGUGUUACUAUGGACUUGCAAAGUCUUUUGCAAAUUCCAUCGACUGCAGAUAGUUUAUUGUACUAUUCCAGAAAAUUAAAUUUAUAUAAUUUGUCUGUUUAUGAGUUUAAACCCCCGCAGAAUAACGCUCACUGUAUGAUAUGGACGGAAAUAAACGGCAAAAGAGGCAGUAUCGAAAUAGCUUCUGCUAUUUACAUAUGGAUUAUGAAACUUCCCGAGGCUAUAACACAUGUAACUAUAUACUCCGACACAUGUUCAGGGCAAAACCGCAACCAAUACAUAGCAGCAUUUUUACUUCACUUGGUCCACACGCACAAAACAAUCAAAGUAAUAGAGCAAAAGUAUCUAGAAAGUGGUCAUAGCUUUAUGGAGGUAGAUUCAAUGCAUAGUGCUAUUGAAAAAGAAAAAAGGUUCACAGAAGCAUAUUCUAUAAUAGACUGGAAGAGAAUUAUGCAACGGGCGCGAUCUAACAGACAUAAUAAAAAUGUUACUCCGUAUAACGUAACUGAAUUGUCGUACCAAGACAUGAUUGAUGUAAAAGCACUUGCUUUGAUGAUAAUAAAAAAUAAAACUAUAGCGGAGGAUGGGGAGACAGUGCACUGGUUGAAAAUAAAAUGUCUAAGAUUUGAAAAGGCUUUACCUGGUUUCAUUAAAUACCGAUACGAUUAUGAUGGACCAUAUCAUUUACUAAAUACACUUUGUAAACCAGGGAGACCGACUAGAAGAACGCCGAAUUCUGAAAUGCCUAUAAUAAAUACCGCAAAUAUUCCCAGGGCAUACAAGCAUUGUCUCCCUAUAACAAAACAAAAGAAAAAAGACCUUUUACAGCUUUGUAAAAAAAACAUUAUUCCUAAAGAGCUCCAUGGUUGGUACGAAAGUUUACCAUCUCACAUCGACGUCCAGGGUAGACUAUCCUCCACUGAUUCAUCUGGAGUAGAUGAA